AAUAGAUCUUCCCCGAGGCCCUUCUGUGGUUGUGAUUUAGUUAAAAUCUAGCAUGUCGGAUCCGAAGUACGGAAAGUCCAAGUUCCUAUCCACAGAGCCCCUGGAUUCGAGUGAGGCGAAAUGGAUCAGAUCAGUCAAGAUCACUUAUUCCGAUCCUAAUGGCGUCGAAAGAACCUGGGAAUCAGCAGAACGACAGACUCGACCUGCAGAUUGUGAAAUUGAUGGAGUUGGAAUUGUGACCAUCUUAAACAAAACCACAGGGCCCGAGCUCCUCCUUCAAAAACAGUACAGGCCGCCCAUCGACAAGGUAGUUGUUGAAAUACCAGCAGGUCUCAUCGAUGCUGGUGAAACAGUCGAGGAGUGCGCGGUGCGUGAACUGAAAGAGGAAACUGGCUACGUCGGUGUCGCGGAACAAACAAGCACUGUCAUGUAUAACGACCCCGGCUUCUGCAAUACAAACCUCAACAUGGUCCAUGUCCGUGUCGACAUGUCCUUGCCGGAGAACCAGAAUCCCAAACCAGAGCUUGAGGAUAACGAGUUCAUCGAGUGCUUUACGGUUCCUCUCGCCACCUUAUUUGACGAAAUGAAGAAGCUUGAAGCCGAGGGGUAUGCCAUCGACGCCCGGGUGGGUACGAUAGCUGAGGGGAUCGAACUGGCAAAAAAGCUGAAGCUCUGAGGGAGAUUCGAACCGUGUUUCCAUAGACCGUUAGACUUGAAUAUACUUGCGCUUAUGUGUUCCUCUGGGCGAAGGGUGUCCGCAACGGCGGAUCGAUAGGCCUAGCCGCCAUCAAUCGCAAACCCCAGGAAUCGAAGCAUCCUGCUCUCUUCGUCCUAGAUUUUGCCGUCUUUUUUAAGCCCCAUAUAUAAUGCCCAUGCCGCCAACGUUUUCCCGUCUCGUAGCCCUUCUUUCCACAGAUCCUUCAGCGGUACGACCUUCAGCGUGAUCUUCUCGCCAUGGUCUCGUAAUCCGGUUAGUUUGCCCUGCAAUGCCUCGAUCUCUUUCCGUGGCAUUCGUUUCUCGCACAAAAACAGAGGGAUAAACUCGUCGCUCCCCCCCGC